CUGGCACCACAAUUUCUUUCCACUCCUCUCUUUAUUCUUCUUAGAAUCAACAUAUUCGACAACCAAUUAAUGCACAUCCCGCCUCUCCUUAAGAGAAAGAAUUAAUAACAAUCUUCAACCCCAAUAUAUAUCAUUUUCUCCCAAUGGAUUCAAUCUUCUCUGCCACUUCUACCUUAUUCAUCAGCUUCACUUUGGGCUGCAUUUUCUCAGGUGUUGCAGGUGCCACGUUUAAUAUAAUCAACAAAUGCGAUUAUACGGUGUGGCCGGGGACUCUCGGCAAUACCCAGUUAGAUAGUACCGGGUUUGAACUGCCGUCUGGAGGGUCCCGAUCAUUGCAAGCCCCUCCCAACUGGUCUGGUAGAUUCUGGGGCAGAACAGGGUGCACGUCGGAUCCCACCACCGGUCAGCUUACUUGUCUCACUGGCGACUGCAGGUCCAACCAACUCGAAUGCAAUGGCAACGCUGCAAGCCCGCCCGCCACCCUAGCAGAGUUCACAAUAGGGUCAGGCACCCAGGACUUCUAUGACGUCAGCUUAGUCGACGGGUAUAAUCUUCCUAUGAUCGUCGAGCCAAGUGGCGGGUCGGGUACAUGCCAGCCGACCGGGUGCGUGAACGACUUGAACCGGAUGUGCCCGAAAGAAUUAAGGGUGGGAUCGGGCGACGCCUGCAAGAGUGCAUGCGACGCUUUUGGGAAUCCCGAGUAUUGUUGCAGCGGCGCGUAUGGUUCACCCGCCACCUGUAAGCCGUCAAUGUACUCGGAAAUUUUCAAAUCGGCUUGUCCCAGAUCCUAUAGCUACGCCUACGACGACGCCACAAGCACGUUUACUUGUACCGGCGCCGACUAUACCAUUACAUUCUGCCCUUCAUCAACAAGUCAAAAAUCUUCCAGCAGUACACCACCGGAAACAACCAGCACGACUAAUGAAUCGGGUGGGUCAGCAACGGCUUCCACGGAGGAGCCAUCCGGGGCUAUGAGUUCAUGGCUAACGGAUUAUGUCUUUGCAGGCUCCUCCAGGACACUUUCCGGCUCUGUUCUUUACACCACAUUGUUAUCUAGCUUAAUUUCCCAUCUCUUUCUCUCAGCAUGUUAUUCAUAAUUUUCAAUUUUGCUGAAUUGGAAAAUCGGGUCGGUUCGGAUCGGGUCCUGCUUUAGGCCCAAUUUUCCCAGCCAUUGUAUAGAUUAUUUGUAACUUUAGACUUCUUUAACUAUUUUUAGUUCUUUUGAAAUUGUUGUGCUUUUGAGAAUAGUUGUACUCCAAUAACAACAUAUAAGAAAAAUAUACAUUUUUGAUAAGUUUGAAACUACUUUUAUACCUGUAUUCUUGCAUAAAUUGACAGUGGAAAUAGUGUAAUAGUUAGUAAUAUAUCUUAAAUUGCUUGAUCUAUGUACAACUUGUAUAUAAUUUGGGAUUUUGGCUUUUCUUUGAGCAUUCUAAUUUCUAUAGGAUAUCUUGGAUGAGAUUCUGAUGAUAAAAAAAGUGCUGCUUUAUUGUGAAUCUGAGUAAAACAGUUGGUGCUUA